GUCACAAAAGCACCCAGGCAGUGCAGGCGAGGAUGCGGCUGUGCCCGGGAGGGGGGGAGGCCUCUUGGCUCAUCUAUGGGGCGGUCUCAGAGCAAGCAUGAGGAUGUGGCAGGAGGUAAGGCGCGCUCGUUUACAGCAGGACGGCCAAGGAGGCUGCGGGGGACGGCCGAGCACCGGCUGGCAGGAGCACGAGCAAAGUCUUCAUGGCUAGGACUUUUCGAAGUUCACAUUCAUAGAAAUCUAGAGAGCAGCAAGACCAAAGAUUCCAAGCAGGCCAUUCAAGACCAGAGCUUGCACACGCACUCAAGCAUUCAGCCCUCCACAUCCAAAGGAGCAAAGAAAACGCCGCCCCAUCCGAUGCAGGCAGAAGUAUCUGCCGAUAAACUUGCCAAAAAGAAGAAGCUUAUCCCGAAGAUCAUUGUCACGGGGCCCUCGGAAGAAGUGCUGCUCAGCAGUCUCGCCGAUGAACUCCCCGACACCAGAACCAUCCGGGAUUCUGAGGACUACGGGCCGUACACCGUGCACUCCAAGCCCAGCACAAUAGACGCGUACAAGAGCGGGACAGAAGAAGAGGAGAAGUGAGGGCGGGCACCGGAGCACCGAUGGUGCUGCACGGACCCGGCAGGGGGGCUGGCGGCCAGUGCUGGGCUGCCUCGCACCGCCUGGGAAUCCCUCGCCGGGGGGCCACUCUUCGCGGACACACGUGGAGCAGGCGUCGGAGGGCAUAGCACAGCCAAAUGUAAAUGAUGGAGUUGGAUAGUCACUUCCAAAUAAAUAUGUUUGGUAAAUGUC